GCCCUCAACAUGGGGGCGGUCCUCGGAGCCUUCAAUGCAGGGUAGGGGCGAGGCCUCGGAGACUGAAUGGGGCGGGGCUACAAGCUUAGUCUAGGAAAUGGGGGCGGAACCUCAGGGUCCAGUCAAAAAAAAAAAAAAAACAAAACAAAAAAACAAAAAACAAAAAAAAAACCCCAAAACACUCGAGGCAGUGGAGACCAGAUAGAGUUGGAGGCUGGGCCCGGAGGAGAGCUGGGUCUGGACCCGGAAAAGGUGGAGCCUCUGAGCUCAAACCCGGAAGCGAGAGAGAGGCUUCCAAACGUAGAUUAGGAAGCUAGGUUUCCGGGAAUUCUAGGUCUGGAAGUCAGCCGCGUGCAUCCCCCACACCCCUGGUCGGGGAAGCGGUGGUGGAGCGGGACUCGGAGCCUAAUGUAGCAGGGCGGUGUUCCAGCGCGAUUGCCAGGCUAGCAGGAGGCGGAGCGCCUGGGAGCGCUGUGGCCCGGAUGUUCGGGCGCUGCGUUCGGACCCGCUGAUCCCUAGCUUCUCUGGGGAACCUAGAGUGGCCAAUGGCUGUCGAUAUUCAACCAGCAUGCCUUGGCCUCUACUGUGGGAAGACUCUAUUAUUUAAAAAUGGCUCAAGUGAAGUCUAUGGAGAAUGUGGGGUAUGCCCAAGAGGACAGAGGACAAAUGCACAGAAAUACUGUCAGCCGUGCACAGAGUCCCCAGAACUUUAUGACUGGCUCUAUCUUGGCUUUAUGGCUAUGCUUCCUCUUGUUCUGCAUUGGUUCUUCAUUGAGUGGUACUCAGGGAAGAAGAGCUCCAGUGCUCUGUUCCAGCACAUCACCGCGCUGUUUGAGUGCACUAUGGCAGCUAUCGUCACCUUACUUGUGAGCGAUCCUGUGGGCGUCCUUCACAUCCGAUCAUGCCGCGUACUCAUGCUUUCUGAUUGGUACACGAUGCUUUACAACCCGAGUCCAGAUUACGUUACCACGGUGCACUGCACUCACGAAGCAGUCUACCCACUAUACACCAUUGUGUUCGUUUAUUACGCAUUCUGCUUGGUGUUGAUGAUGCUUCUCCGACCUCUCCUGGUGAAGAAGAUUGCAUGUGGACUCGGGAAGUCGGACCGCUUCAAAAGUAUUUAUGCUGCUCUGUACUUCUUCCCCAUUCUAACCGUGCUGCAGGCGGUCGGUGGGGGCCUCCUGUAUUACGCCUUCCCGUACAUUAUAUUAGUGUUAUCUCUGGUUACCCUGGCUGUGUACAUGUCUGCUUCUGAAAUAGAGAACUGCUAUGAUCUUCUGGUCAGGAAGAAAAGACUUAUUGUCCUCUUCAGCCACUGGCUACUGCACGCCUAUGGAAUAGUCUCCAUCUCCAGAGUGGACCGGCUUGAACACGACCUACCGCUUUUGGCUUUGGUACCCACACCAGCUCUGUUUUACUUGUUCACUGCAAAAUUUACUGAACCAUCACGGAUACUCUCAGAAGGGGCCAAUGGACACUGAAUAUAAAAUGCCAAAAGGAAAAAAAAAAUCCCCAAAAGUAUUCUUAAUUAAAAAAAGUAUAGAAGAAUUUAAAAUGUAUUAAUAGCAUUCUUUCAUAUAUGGGAAGAAGAUUCUCCAGAUAUUUUAAUGCUUGUGUUUUAUCUUUUGAUUUAUCGGACUUUGUGGUUACUUGGAAAUUACAUGGCCUCAUGUUACCGUGCUACACAUAUCUCAACUAUCACACCGGAAGCUGAACAGGCAGUUGUAAUUGCUCUUUGGAGCACGGCCAUGUUUCUGUCUGUACGCCAUCUAUUCUGAAUUCCUUUACUGUGGCAUCGUUAUACCUUCUGUUGUCUGUACACUUGGCGUUUUACCUAUAAGGAAUUACAUAGGCAAACGUGCUUAUGGAGUGACAGCAAAAACAGAAACAAAGGAUGUCUUUGUGAAUGGCUAUUUAUUUUCACCAAUACAGUGUUUACUAAUAUUACAAAAAUAAAGCAUAAUUUACAUAACGCACUCUCUGUGUAGAGACAGUUUGGUUGGAGACAUGUUCAGCUUCAGCUUGUUGUUCCUGUAAAGAAGAAAACAAUACAUAGUUUAACUGUAAAAUAACUCAAUGUUCUGAUAAUUAAUUAUCAAUGUUAAGUCAUAUUUCUUUGGUCUACUGAAUAAAUACAUUCACUCUCGUUC